AUGGUUAACAAAAACACCACCCCAUCGGAUAAUGACCAGGAUAACACUGAAAGUAACUUCCCUAACGAUAGAUGGAUAACUGAGAUUGGAUUCAACAACGAGACUAGACGCAAGUUGAUUAACAUGGCGCUAUGGGAUAAGGAAGUUGAACCUGGUGACAACAAGAUAGCAUUAUCUACUCGUGCAAUAAGUGCCUUGUACUAUGCCGCGUGUAAUCAAUAUGUUGAUUAUGAGAUCUUCAUGUGGCUUCUUGAUUACUUCGGUAACUGGACCCAUGAUGACUUCAAACGGCUUAGCGUACACAUCCAGAAAAAGAUCAAGGACAUGCUAAUGGACCGAGGCAUCUUUGUUGAUUAUAUUGGCAGGAAAAAGACGAUUGCAAAGGCACUAGAUGACUUAGUGCAGAUGACUAGGAUGCCUGAGUGGCCGCAUGAGAUUGCUGCCGCCAAAGCCUUUGACUCACGGUCGAAGAUGGCCAAGGGUCAGUUCCCUCAACUCGCCACCAAAAAUGGCAGUGAAGAAGAGGAACCAGAGGUAAUAGCCUCCUUAAUUGAGGAUGGCAGAGAGGACUACGAAAAGGGUAAGCAACCGUUGGUAGAGACACCAAAGCAGGCAUCUCAAGAUCAUGAUCAACAGCCAAAAAAUCAUGCUCAAAAUGACAAGCCUAGUAGACCUUAUGACCACUUAAGCUUGCCUGGACCUGCUUAUACUUACCUAUACCGCUCUAAACUUGAGGACGACUGGCGCAGGCAGACACCGCGCUAUACCAUAGCACCCCCGGCGCCCAAGAUCUCAAUGUCAUUGGAGAAGUGGGACGAUUAG